GGGAGAGGGCUGCCAGUUGUUCCCAUUACAUCACCGACACAGCUGGAGAAGCAGCACAACAACAACAUGAGAAUCGCACUAAUUCCCUUAUUGUUGGUCGUGGCUGCUGCCUGUGUCCCUGCCCUGUGUGGCAGAGAGGAGCAGCCCGUCCUCCAGCCCGAGGCCCCGGUCGAAACCCGUUCCCGCUUUGCUGCCCUGGAUGACGUGCGUCUCCUGGCGAACGGCCUCCUCCAGCUGGGUCAGAGCCUGCGGGAGUUUGUGCAGAAGACAAAGGGACAGAUAAACGACAUCAUCCAGAAGCUAAACAUCUUUGACCACUCAUUUUACCAGCUCUCAGUGCUUGCCAGUGAAAUUAAAGAGGAAGAAGAGGAGCUAAAGAAGACCACCGUGGUGCUGAAGGCCAACAACGAUGAGAUCAAGGGCCUGUCUGUUGAGAUCAACUCCAAAGUGGACAACAUCCUGCAGGAGAAGAGUCGGUUGCAGAACAAGGUGGAAGGGCUGGAGGAGAAGCUGAGCAGCAUGUCACAUGGCCUGGUGACUAGCGAACAAGUGGCAGAGAUCAGUGGCCUCAGGGAAGUGAUCCUAAGCCAGGAGCGGAGCAUUACAGAGCUGCUGAAGGCUGUGAGGGAGCAGAGUGACCAGCUCAACCACCAGAGGGUCAAGAUCAAGGUUCUGGAGGAAAAGCUUACAGUCAACACAUUGACACAAGAGACCAUUGAGAGGAUUCCUGACAUCUUCAACAGUGAAGCACCAACACUCACCCCUUAUUUGACCUCAAGCUCUACCAGCACCACCGAUCUGCCGUCAGACUGCAGUGACCUGUUCAAGAGAGGGGAGAGACUCAGUGGUGUCUAUGCCAUCAGACCCACUGGAACGGAGCCCUUCAUGGCUUUUUGCGACAUGAGCAAAGAUAAUGGAGCAACAGUCAUCCAGCGAAGGAUGGAUGGUUCAGUGAAUUUUGAUCAAAACUGGGAGAAGUAUGAAAAUGGGUUUGGAGAUUUUCAAGGGGAUUUUUGGCUGGGUCUCAGAAACAUCCACUCUCUAGCCACUCAGGGCAACUCUGUCCUUCACAUCCAGCUGGAGGACUGGAAACAGAACAGGCGCUUCAUUGAAUACAGAUUUAAACUUAAUGGUCCUGAAGGCAACUACACCAUUCACCUCACGCAUCUGUCUGGAGAUUUGCCGGACCCCAUGAGCAACCACACAGGCAUGAUGUUCUCCACCAAGGACAGGGACAAUGACAACCACCAGGACUCCAACUGUGCCCACAACUACACAGGUGGAUGGUGGUUCAACGCCUGCGGAGACACAAACCUGAAUGGGAGAUAUUUCCACAUGAGGCCUAAGGGGCGCUCCGAGCGUAGGAGAGGGAUUGAGUGGAGGCCGGGCCAAAAGGCAGCUUACUCCCUCAAGCUCACCCAGAUCUCUGUACAUCCCAUGGCUUCCCCACUACCACCUCCUCCACUUCCGCCUCCUCUGAAACAGGUGUCUUUCAGUGAUCCAGCACCAGCAUUCUCAGUGAAAAUACUCAAUGUAACAGUGGCCCCUUCAGGAGAGCCCUGGCAAUGCUUCAUGUGGACAGCCAUUGUUUAAGACGGCUUUGGCAGAGACAAAGAUAUCUCUUCAGACUGUCAAGUUCCAGUAGAUUAUGUCACAGAGGACACUACACAAGCUUUACAAUUCUGAGCGCUGUGCUAAACUGAUGAAGCCAAAAUAAUGCAUUACCUAAGCCAGGAUAGUCUCUAAUGUAAUAGAACACUUGUAUUGUGAAAUCUGAAAAAUAUUGAAAUACAGUUAACAUACAAUUUAUCUUCACUCGCUGUAUCUCAGAGGUCAAAGGUUAUUGAGGAGAAAUUAAAACAUACAGCCAUU